CUAAAUUAUAAUUCAUUUGAAAGCCUUGUUCUUAGUCUUUCUCACCCAAACUGGAAAACACUGCAGCCAGUUCUAUUUGUUAUAGUCUACCGCGCUCCUGGACCGUACUCUGACUUUAUAUCUGAAUUUUCAGAGUUUCUAUCAAGCUUAGUCCUUAAAUCAGAUAAAGUAAUUAUUGUACGUGAUUUUAAUAUUCAUGUGGAUGUUGACAAUGACAGCCUUAGUAAUGCAUUUAUAUCAUUAAUAGACUCAAUUGGCUUCUGUCAGAGUGUAAAUAAACCAACUCAUUGUUUUAAUCACACUCUUGACCUUGUUUUAUCAUAUGGCAUUGAUAUUGAACAUUUAAUAGUCUUCCCACAUAAUCCUUUCCUAUCUGACCAUUAUUUAAUAACUUUUGAAUUCAUACUAUUAGAUUAUAAGCCAUUAGGCAAAACUUCCUACAGCAGAUGUCUAUCUGACAGUGCUGUAGCUAAAUUUAAGGAGGAGAUUCCUUCAGUGUUUAAUUCAAUGCCAUGGCUGAAUUUAACAGAGUCCUAUAACGACUUUAGUCCCUCUGAAAUUGAUAAUCUUGUCGAUAGUGCUACAGGCUCACUACGAUCAACAUUAGACUCUAUCGCUCCUAUAAAAAGGAAAUUAUUAAAACAAAGGAGACUAGCACCUUGGUAUAACCACCAAACCCGCCAGUUAAAACAAAUAGCUAGGAAAUCUGAAAGGAAAUGGCGCUCUUCCAAAUUAUCAGAAUAUCGCUCACAUUGGCAAGAUAAUCUUAAAAUUUAUAGAAAGGCCCUCCGUAAUGCCAGAGGAGCCUAUUACUCAGCACUAAUAGAAGAAAAUAAGAAUAACCCUAGGUUCCUCUUCAGCACUGUAGCCAGGCUGACAGAGAGUCACAGCUCUAUCGAGCCACAUAUCCCCAUAAACUUAAGUAGCAAUGACUUCAUGAGCUUCUUCUAUAAUAAAAUUAUUACUAUUAGAGAAAAAAUUAAUCACCAACUGCCAUCAACAGUUAUCAGUGGCUCUCCAAGUUCAGGGACUUCUGUCAAUGUAAACUUAGAUAUAUAUUUAGACUGUUUUUCUGCUAUCGAUCUUCAUCAGUUAACUUCAAUCAUUUCUUCAUCAAAGCCAUCAACCUGUCUAUUAGACCCGAUCCCAACUAGGCUGCUUAAAGAAGUUGUUCCCUUAAUUGGCACUUCUUUACUGGAUAUGAUUAAUCUUUCUUUAUUAUCAGGAUAUGUACCACAGUCCUUUAAAGUAGCUGUAAUUAAACCCCUUCUUAAAAAGCCCACUCUUGACCCAGGGGUUUUAGCCAACUAUAGACCGAUUUCUAACCUCCCCUUCCUCUCUAAGAUUCUGGAGAAAGUAGUCGCCAAAGAGUUACCAAGCUCCUCUCCUGUGGAACCAGCUUCCAGUUGUGGUUCGGGAGGCAGACACCCUCACCACAUUCAAGAGUAGGCUUAAGACAUUCCUCUUUGAUAAAGCUUAUAGUUAGGGCUGGAUCAGGUGAGUCCUGAACCAUCCCUUAGUUAUGCUGGUGCACUGAGCUCCUCUCUUUCUCUCUCUUUCUGCACUCAUUCAUGUUCCAUUAAUGCAUGUUACUAACUUCACUUCUUCCCCGGAGUUCUUGUGCUUUCUCGUCUCGCAGGUUCUCAUGGAUCCUGGUGGAGCCUCCUGCCAUGGUCCUGCUUGACUGCCAUUGCCAAUACUGUUGUUGCUGUGCAUCUGUCUGUCUGUCUGUCUGUCUGUCUGUCUGUCUGUCUGUCUGUCUGUCUGUCUGUCUGUCUGUCUGUCUGUCUGUCUGUCUGUCUGUCUGUCUCUCUCUCUCUCUCUCUCUCUCUCUCUCUCUCUCUCUCUCUCUCUCUCUCCCCCCCAACUGGUCGAGACAGACGACCAACCACCUAGAGCCGGAGGAUCUGUCCUAGGUUUCUGCCUUUUAACAGGCAGUUUUUCCUUGCCCUUGUCGCCAAGUGCUUGCUCAUGGUGGUACUGUUGGGUCUCUGUAAUUAAUGUUUUAAAGAGUUCGGUCUAGACCUGCUCUAUUUGAAAAGUGUCCUGAGAUAACUUCUGUUAUGAAUUGGCUCUAUACAAAUAAAAUUGAAUUGAAAUUGAAUUGAAAAUUAUGAAUUAUAGCCACCUGAAAGGAAAACUCACUUAAACAGAAUGGGUAAUUUAAAGUGUGGUACAUACGUGUAGCGUUCUGGCUGCCGGGCAUUGCCGGAGUACAGGCGGA